CGGCCGCUCCGGAUCGAGAGCUGGAAAGUGGGCUUGCCGCCGGAGAGGAGAGACGACGGGGAAACCGCAUGCUUUCCCGGUGCCGACUCGGACUCGUGGCGGUAGAGCAGGUAGGCAGACGUCAGCAAUGCGAUGGAGACGAACGCUGUCGUCUUGACGCUCGGCGGGCGUGCGGACGGUGUGCUGUACGGGCGGGCGUGGUGCGGGGACAGCAUGCGGGAUGUGUACAAGUGCAGAGGAGAAAUGAAUUGCCGAAUGUUUGGCGCGUUGUCGUUUAACUUGACUGAACACGAUGGGCCUCCUCGCCGUGCUCGCAUUCACGCAGGGGCUGGCGACGUUCUCGCAGGUGCUCCUCGGCCUGCCUGCUGCGCUCGCGCUGCUCGGCCCGGCGUCGUUCCUGCUGCUCUCGCUGCUCUACACCGCCCACCACCUCCUCUACGCCACCCUCCGCCUCGCCCUCAAGAACACCCCGCUCGCACCCCUCGUCUCCGUCGCCGCCGUCCUCUCCCCCGCCAUCUCCGCAGCACUCGCCCUCCUCACCCUCUACUUCUACCUCGCGCCCCCCGCCCCCGGCGCCACCCUCGCCCACUGCCUCGUCAACAUCCUCCCCUUCGCCUACGCCCAGCUCCUCCGCUGGGUCAGCCCGCUCUUCACCCUCCUCGAGGGCAUCAGCACCCUCCUCGUCAUCCAGGUCGCAGGCCGUGUCGGCAAGGGCUGGGCGGACGAGGAGGACAGGGACGAGGGUCUCGAGUGGAGGACCGUCGUCGCGCUCGUCGCAGCCGCACUCGUCUACUGUGCCGGUCUCGCCGGCGUCGUCAAGACAUUCCCCAGCUUGCCCUUCCCGGCCUUCCUCCUCGGCGCCGCCCUCACCGCCGUCCUCUUCCUCUCCCUCAUCGGCUUCUCCCUCAAACGCACAAACGUCCUCGAAACAAGCCUUGUCUUUGUCUACGUCGUCUACUCUGCCUGGCUUUCCGGCGUGGAGGCAGAAAUGCCCAGCGGCACCUUUGGCUCAUCGUCCUCGUCCUUCCCCCCGCCGUCUCCCCUCCGCCAAUCCCACCCGCUCCCGUCUACCGUAGGUCCCUCUGUCAAUUCCCUGCUCUCCUACGCCCUACACGCCGCCGUCCCCUCAUUCAUCACCGUCUCCGAAACGCUCCCUCCUCACCUCGUUCUAUCCCUGAUAUACCGCGUCACUGUCCUGCACCUCGCUGCUAAAAUUGUGCCCGUGCUCAGGCGAGCCAGUAUGGGCUGGGAUGAUAGAGAUGAAAGGGAAGGUUUUUGGGAUGGGCGGACACUGGGCGAUGAACCUGCGAAUAUGAGAAUCACAACCGUCUUCUUGUCAUAUCGCCGAGCUAUCCUCAUAGCUGUCUACACCCAUCUCUUACUAUUAGACGGCGGUUCACAAACAUGGUGGAGAUGGGUCAAUAUUGCACUGCUCCUCUCCGUUUGGAGCCUAGAGCUGUUACUGGAUGCCGAAGGGGAUGAUACGGAUAGCGUCACACGAUGGAAAGUUGACUAGAGGACGUUGUCUUUAAUGAGUCGAUCGGCCCGUGCUAUAUGAUGCCCAUGCAUAUAAUGAUUCAAAAAG